CAUACUAACACACAUAGACACAGGCAAGUGUGUCUUGGAUUAAAGAGCAGCAAACUGAACUUCUGUCUCCAGCAUCAUCAUUCAGACCAAGAGUUGGGGGAAAUAGGGAGAGCAUUCUAACCGAUGCACACUCCGCGAUUGCAACCUUGAGUAACCAGCCUGUUAUAGAGCCUCUGCAACAGUCCCUGUUAACUAUUCCUCUGCUCCUCAUUUGUGUGUGCAUUUUGGUCCAUUUCCUGUUGCUUCUUUACUGAAACCUGACAAUUAGACUGUCUUAAACCAGUGUAAAACGGUCCUAAACCAGUAUUAGACUGCCCUAAACCAGUAUAAGACUGUCUUAAACCAGUAUAAGACUGUCUUAAACCAGUAUUAGACUGCCUUAAACCAGUAUAAGACUGUCUUAAACAGUAUAAGACUGUCUUAAACCAGUAUUAGACUGCCUUAAACCAGUAUUCAACUGUCUUAAACCAGUAUUAGACUGCCUUAAACCAUCUAUGACUUACUAAGUCAUAAUUAUGAGAUGCUAGGUCAUAAUUAUGAGAUAGUGAGUCUUUACUUAGGAAGUAAGUCUUUAAGUAAGUCUUUUUUCUUUUCAUUACAGUGAGCGGACACCACCCCUUUCUUUCUAGCUCCUUCCACAGUAACCGUCCAAUCACAGCUUGACAACACAUAGUGUGCACAAAUAUGAUGAUAUCUCUCUUAACCACCAUUCAGUGGCCCAUCUCACAGAGGGAGUACAUCCAAACCGCCUGUUUGAUUACACUAGUUUUUGCCAGAAAAAAUAAAUUGGACCUACCCCAGAUCGACCCUUGAAGACCACCAUUAAUGGUCAAAUGGACAAAGUUGUCAAGAAACAGACAACCAGAAUGGGGAAAGCAGGGAACCUGAUUUACAAACUGUUGCAGAGCCCCGUGUUAAACCUCAGACCUCAGGUUGUACACCGCCUCUCGCCCAGGAGGGAUCAGCUCCAGUCCCUCGCCAAGCUCUGCAUAAUCAGGAAGAGGAGACACAUGAAACCCAUUCUUUUGAGUGGUGCUGGAAUGAGCAGAACACCGUUUACAACAUUACCUGCAAUAAAGCAAGAACUGUUGAGAGCAUGCUGAUGGGAAGUUCACAGUUCAAAGAAAUUGCAAAAAGGAACAAAAGCAAAGAGCUUGUUAUUGUAAGAGAUGGGAAAGCUCUCAGUUCACACUUUCCAUGCAGCUUAAUCAAAAAUGAACAUCUGACUGUCAAGUAUAUUAAAGCUGUUGACAAGUCGCAGCAACCGGUUAGUGGUUCAGUUCAUCGCCAAAGAAAGGGGCCCUCUAGUGAGCUUGUGACGUUUAAUUUACUGACACAUGGAAGUAAAAAUGUAGUGAAAAUCAUGAGAAACCCAGAACUAAGAGAUAAACAUUGAGGAAAUUACUGUUUAUGCAUACAAAGGGGAAAAGGUGAAGCAGGCAUUGAAAAGAGAUGGUCGUUUAUUGAAUAUCGUAUUCAAAAAGAACUGUGCACUCUCUAACAAAAGCACUGAAUUUACCACUGAAAUGUCCAAUCUCGUUGAUGAUCUUGAUGGUAAAAUGUUCAAGAUUAAACUGCUCAAUAAGUCCAGUCCACCAGACAGUCAGCCUAGCAGUUUGGAUGAUGCUUACGCAACGCAAAAUGAAUGUCAGAAGUCUGACUCUGAAAGAAACCAAGAUCCUCCACAGCAGUCUAACACAACUGAGUCAGUGAAUGUCAACACACCUAAAAAGAAAGCAGAGCUAGAUGGUAAGAAGGCAGCGGAAAAAGUGUUACGGGAAAUACCUGAUUCAAAAAAGAUGCGGUGUGACCUAUCUUCAGAGUUUCAAGAUUGGAUGAAGGGAAGUAAACUUCAGCAAGAAUCUAGGCCUUCUCGUAUCCAGAGUCUCCUCCGUGUGGAGUACGGAAAGAGCGAUAAGACAUGCAGGGAAGUGAAAACAAUGAAGAAACUGAUGGAUCUCAGUAAUUCUGUUUGCCAAGUGAGAAUAAAUGUGAAAGCAGCAGGAAGUGGCUUCCUCCUAUUUGACAAGUUUGUCCUCACAAAUGGCCAUGUAGUAAAACACAUUUAUAAUGAGAGUACACGGCAGCUUAAUGAGAGGGUCACGGUCCAUUUCUCUUAUGAAAGUCCAGACCCGAAGGAUCCAGGAAUAGCAGUGGAAGAGGUCGCUGGGUUUGAAUACGGCUCUGAUGGGUCAGGGCACAUGCAUGACUGGGCUUUGUUGAAGAUCAAUGCUGAUCAAAAAUUGCCUGAUGUUCUGUUAGAAAGCUUCGGAUUCCUUCCCAAAAUUGACGGAAUUUGCAUUAUUGGGCAUCCUGAUGGUGGUGUGAAAAAGAUAGACCCAUGCCUCCUAAUUCCAACUGAAAACCGCAACCAGGUUGUCGAGAGGCAUCGCCUUGAAAAUCCAGACGGUGUUCAGCCGUACGAACAUCGUUACAUUGGAAACGAGUCCAUUCAGUCCAUUCAGUUGGUCACACAGCGUUUCUUUGAGGGUGUGAAAAAUAAUGAACAGUACAGACAGACUCUAAAUUACGAAUCUUGUUUUUAUUCUGGUUCAUCUGGCUCUCCUGUCUUCGAUGGGCACUGCAAUGUUGUUGCAAUGCAUUCAGGCGGAUAUGUCUACAAAAAUGUAAGGGGGGGAAGCCAGAGUGUCAUUGAGUUUGGCUAUCCUCUGUCCAUCAUUGUUGAGCACAUCAUUGUCCAAAUGGUGGAUAAAGGAAUGUUUGAUGUGUUGAAGCAAUACCUGGCUUGCAAUUAUGAACAUCAAGAAAACAUGAUGGCCAAUGUGAAGAAACUGGUUGAGAGCAGAAAUAACCCAGCGGUAAUAAAUUACGAGAAUUGGAAGACUUUCUUUGAAUUAUUUUCUCAGAGGGAGGUUUCUGUCCCAAUGGACACUGAUUGAGCGUACAUAGAUACAAAGCUAACUGCUGAAAAAAGAUACAGUGUGAGCAGCUUCAGCAGUGAGCAACAAAGGCUGUCAUGUCUUGACACUUAAGUAAUACAGGGGUUGGGGGAAAGACUUCAUACCAAACUUAUUGUAUUUAAUCUUUUAGGUAAACAUAAUCAGUUUUAAGGAUAAAGGGAACUAUGGUUUUUCCAUAAUAAUUUUUAGUAAGAUAUUUGUAUCUCUAAAUGCCUAUUUUUGUUUAUACUGUAUGUUCUACUAUUUGAGUUUGGCAACUGCUAAAUCACUGUUCUGGAAAUAUAUCUGUGAAUAAUAUUUGUGAAUUUUGGUUCUGAGCUUGUUUAUAGCGAAUGCGAUUGAACUGUCCACCAUUGCCCUGUUAGAUUUUGGAAAACCUGUUUAUUAUCGGCCGAUAUUAUCUUAUCACAGAUAUAUUGGUGCCGGUUUUUAUGUUAUCACAACAGUAACAUGAAGUUGCAGAACAAAAGUCACUAUCCUUAUCAGAAAUGUUUGUUUUGUUUAGUCUUGCAUAGCCAGAUCUAUCUCCAUAGCGCUGUGUCAGCACUAGAGAAAAAAGGUUUAAUUUUGAAGAAAAGGGAUAUCAGAUUUUUUAAAAACUCAAAUAUUGAUCUCGGCCUCAAAUAUCUGCUUUAAACCUUUUUUAUUUUCUGUCUUUGGGCUGUUUUUAAGAGAAUGCCCUUUAAGUUUUUAAUUUUAGCUCAUUUUUUUAAGAAGAUUCCUUACAUUUUUUUUUAUAAAUUGUAUAAUACUUGUUGAACAUCGUAAUGUUCUGUCACACUGCCAUUGUGUUGAUACCACUUUCUUGGGCAUGUCUCUCUUGAACGUGAGAAUCGUUUUUAACCUGGUUAAAUAAUGUCAUAAUAAAAAAAACGUUCUUUUGAUGAUGAUUUUUCGAUUUUCAAU